UACUAAUCAGCUCCCUAAGAAAGUUUAGAGAAGUGGUUAGUCGCUAACCAUUGGCUCAACUCGCCCCCGCAGUGCUCUGUGGGGUGGGGUUUAGGGAAUGCUUCUCUUCUUCACCGCGGUGGUGGUGUGUGUGUGGGGAUUUUUGGCUUGGAUAAGAGAGGUGGGGCUUCAUGAUUGGGAUAUUCUUGUGCAACGGUGAAGAAGGAGAAGAAGAAGGAUUUGCAGGAAACGGGUGAAGGCGGUUGGUUCUGCCUCGACGCACCACAGCUUGCCAAGCUUGCCGAUGAUUAUGCGCGAGAGAGUGAGUGAGAGAACGAGAGUGAGUGGGAGAGAGAGAGCGAGAGAGAGAGGGAUACAAGGAAUUGACGACAAAAUGAGGAGACGGAAUCGAAAAUUCCUGCUAAGUGGGUUAAAAAGGGACUUCGCAAUUUUAUGUAUUUAUUAGUUGUACAGUUUCACUAGUACAAGCAUCAACCAGAUCAAGUUUUGCAUCUGUGAGCACUUAUUUGCUGCAAGGGCAAUAAUUAUUAAAGGUGACGGAGGCGUUUCAAGAUAAUAAUCCGUCCUUCAAUUGAAAGCGUCUUUCGACACAAUUGGGUAUCAACAUUGAAAAGAUAGCCAGCAUGGCAGACUUGGGGUUACGAGUUUUAUUUACGGGCAAGGAAGUUUGGCAGCAGUUAGCGGAGCCUUCAGCUCUUGAAAAGUUUAUCACAGAAUCGAAAGAAUUCACCUUAUUCAAGUGGGCGCUAAUAAUAGCAUCCGUAUUUGUGCUUUUCGCCCUCUGCCUCUCAUCCUAUCUGUUGUUUGAUCACCUUUCGAGCUACAAUGUACCUGAGGAGCAGAAAUGGCUUAUAGGCAUUAUUCUUAUGGUUCCUGUCUACACUAUCACAUCGUUUGCAUCAUUAUGUUACUCCAACUUCUCGAUAUACUUCAGAAUCAUGGGCGAUUGUUACGAAGCAUUUGCAUUGUACUCCUUUGGGAGCUAUCUCAUUGCUUGCUUGGGAGGAGAGGAAUCGGCUGUAUCAACACUCGCCAAACAAGGUGCAGAGGAGACUUCGCUGGAUAAAGAACCUGGACCACAUGAGGUUGUUCAUCCAGCCCCUCUCAGAUGGGUAACACACACCUGGAUACUUGGUCGCCACUUCUACGACUCUGCUAAGUUUGGAAUCGUUCAAUACAUGAUAAUCAAGGUACUUUGCGCGUGGUCUGCGUUUUUUCUGAAUAUUUUCGAUCUAUAUGGCGAAGGAGAGUUCGAUUUCCACUAUGGGUACCCAUAUAUAACAAUUAUCCAAAACUUCAGUCAAAUGUGGGCGCUAUACUGUCUCGUCCAGUUUUACCAUGUAACGAGGGAUACGCUUCAGGAAAUUAAUCCCCUGGCCAAGUUUCUGUGUUUCAAGGCGGUCGUCUUUGUGACUUGGUGGCAAGGUGUUCUCAUUGCCUUGCUCUUUGCAUCAGGAAUCGCUAGAAAGUGGCUGCCAGGCCAUCCCUCUGAAGCGCAGACUGACAUGCUCCAAACAAACUUGCAGGAUUUCAUUAUCUGUAUCGAGAUGGCAAUCGCAGCGGUGGCGCACCACUAUAUAUACCCAGCCGUCCCAUACCGGCGGGAAAGCAAACACAACUUGAACAAGGUUGACAGUGUAGCUGAAGAGCUGGAGGAAGACAUUGAAGUUGUCGCCACCAGUGUUCGGGAGAGUGCGAAGGAUGUAUUCAUGGCUGGUGGCGAACAUGUCAUCGAGGAUGUGAAAUUAACCGUGGCACAGGCAGUCGAGCCAGUUGAGUCUGGUUUCACGGACAUCAACGAAGCAAUUCAAGACAACGUUCAUAAAAUGAACGACAAAUUACACGACAACGUGCAAACAUUACAUGAAAACAUCCAUGAAACAAUGCACAAGUGGGGACAUAUGAAGCGCGAAGAGGUUCACAAAGAGGGCGAGUAUUUGGUUAGCCGAGAUGAGAAAGAUGACGAUGAGAUUGUGCAGACCGAGCAACACGUUCGUGUUGAGCGCGACAUUGACGACAAUGAAAGCCCAGGCAGCACUUCGAGUCCACGCCAGCUCUCCGAAGCCCAACCCGGGGUCGUGAAAGAUGAAGUCUCUGCCACAACCACCACCCGCAGCGCCAAUGAGGACAUCCCAGGGGAAGAAACCAUCAGCUUCACACAGCAGAGAGAGUCAUCAGAUACCUCACAAAAGAAGCAGACUAGUAGCGAGACUGAGCAGGUAGACGACCAAGGAAGAAUACAGAAAAGUGAGAGUGUGGAUGUGAGUGAAAAAUACGAAAUCAACAGGCUGGGUGGUGUUUCAAGCAAAGAGACAACAGCCCAUACAGUUGAGAGGAAUCAAGUAGGCCAGGUUGUGAAUGAGAAAACGGUAGAGGAUCGAGAACAACUAGACGAAAGUGGCAACGUUCUGAGGAGAAACGUGAAGAGAGAUGGCGAAGAUGAGCAGGUGGAGGAUAAUACCCAGCACAGGACUUCUCCUUUUGGAGGUUGAGGGCUAUAGCAACGAAGGACACUGAGCUUGGUGCAUAAGAGAAGAGCAAAGUGAACAUCUUGUGGAUCCUGCAACAUCAUGUUAUUGCCCACUUCCAUCAGGUUUUGCUUUUCUGGCCAUCUUAUGUAGAAUUCUUGGUGGCAGACCAAACUCUAUUCCAAGUCCUUGUGUAUAUAUAACAAGUACAGAAAUCUCCCUCUCUCUCUCUCUCUCUCUCUCUCUGUGUGGUUGUCUUCAUAGCACUCUCGAGUUUAGUGUGUCUUGCAAAAGUCUUGCCUAUCUGGCUCAAAGUGUUAUGCUCACUCAGGUUUCAAGUUUUUAAGUUUUUUAUGGAAAGGAAGCUGUUAAAGUUUGUUUUAAAUUAUUCUUUUGAUUACUGAAAUUUUAUACAGAUUUAAUGGGGGUUUAACCCAUGAAGCUAGCAUUGAUACCUUCAUUUCUUCUC